AUGGAGAGUAGGGUUACUUUCAGCAUUGAAAGUCCAUCAAUUUGGAGGAAUAGUGACGCGGAAGAGUUCUUCUCAAACUCUUUCCAACAAGAGGAUGAUGAAGAAGCUCUCCAAUGGGCUUCCAUUCAGAGACUUCCUUCGAUUACACGUUUGAGAAAAGGAUUGUUUACUUCAUCUAGAUCAGGGGAAACCACUGAGAUCGAUAUUCAGAAACUUGGGUUGGAAGAAAGGAGAGAUUUGCUUGAAAGAUUGGUCAGAAUUGCCCAAGAGGACAAUGAGAGGUUUUUGCUCAAACUCAAGGAUCGAAUUGACAGAGUUGGAAUUGAUCUUCCAACAAUAGAGGUUAGAUUUGAGCACUUGAAGAUCGAAGCAGAAGCUCAAGUUGGAAGCAGAGCUUUGCCUACCUUUGCUAACUUCAUGGUUAAUAUAGUGGAUGGCCUGUUGCACUCUCUUCAUAUACUUCCAAGUAGAAGACAACAUAUGAAUAUUCUCCAGGAUGUUAGUGGAAUAAUAAAACCUGCCAGAAUGACAUUGCUUUUGGGUCCUCCAAGUUCUGGAAAAACCACACUCCUAUUGGCCUUGGCUGGAAAACUUGAUCCAAAAUUGAAGUUCUCUGGAAAGGUGACUUAUAAUGGUCAUGGGAUGAAUGAGUUUGUACCCCAAAGAACUGCUGCUUAUAUCAAUCAAAAUGAUUUUCAUGUUGGAGAAAUGACUGUGAGAGAAACCUUGGCCUUUUCAGCAAGAGUCCAAGGUGUUGGGGAUCGUUAUGACUUGGUAGAAGAAUUGAGCAGAAGAGAAAAAGAAGCAAAUAUCAAGCCUGAUUCAGAUAUUGAUGUUUACAUGAAGGCUAUAGCAACUGAAGGCCAGAAGGCAAAUAUUAUAACGGAUUAUGCCCUAAGGAUUCUGGGACUAGAGGUCUGCGCUGAUACUAUUGUAGGAAAUGCAAUGUUAAGAGGUAUAUCAGGUGGACAAAAGAAACGUGUUACAACAGGGGAGAUGCUGGUUGGACCAGCUAAAGUUUUUUUUAUGGAUGAAAUAUCUACUGGUUUGGAUAGCUCAACAACAUUUCAAAUUGUGAAUUCACUGAAGCAAUAUGUCCACAUUCUCAAAGGAACAACAGUCAUCUCACUCCUGCAGCCAGCACCAGAGACUUACAAUCUUUUUGAUGACAUUGUUCUACUCUCUGAUGGUCACAUUGUGUAUCAAGGUCCCCGCGAAGACGUGCUUGACUUUUUUGAAUCAAUGGGUUUUAGAUGUCCUGAGAGGAAAGGUGUGGCAGACUUUUUGCAAGAAGUGACAUCGAGGAAAGAUCAAGAGCAGUACUGGGUACACAGAGAUGAGCCUUAUAGAUUUGUCACAGCCAAAGAGUUUUCUGAGGCACUUCAGACAUUCCAUGUUGGAAGAAACCUUGAGGAGGAACUUGCCACUGAAUUUGACAAGUCAAUGAGCCACCCAGCUGCUUUGACAACCCAAAAGUAUGGAUUGGGAAAAUGGGAAUUGUUUAAAGCUUGCUUGUCAAGAGAAUAUUUACUUGUGAAGCGCAAUUCAUUUGUCUACAUCUUCAAAAUUUGUCAACUUGCUGUAAUGGCAAUUAUUGCCAUGACCAUUUUCGUCGGGACUCAGAAGCACAGAGAUUCAGUAACUCACGGAGAGAUAUAUGCUGGUGCAUUGUUCUAUGGCAUUCUCGUGAUUAUGUUCAAUGGGUUGGCUGAGAUUUCCAUGGUUGUUUCAAGGCUUCCUGUUUUCUACAAGCAAAGGGAAAAUCUCUUCUUCCCUCCAUGGGCAUAUGCUCUUCCUGCGUGGAUCGUAAAAAUCCCCAUAGCUUUUGUGGAAGUGGGUGUUUGGGUAUUGCUCACCUACUAUUUCAUUGGUUUUGAUCCAGAUGUUGGAAGAUUUUUUAGGCAAUUCUUACUUCUUUUAUUAGUAAACCAGAUGUCUUUUUCAUUAUUCCGACUUACUGCAGCAGUUGGGAGGGAAUUGAGAAUAGCUCUAACAUUAGGAGCGUUUGUAUUGGCCAUCCUUUUUGCUAUGAGUGGUUAUGUCCUAUCAAAAGACAACAUAAAUAAAUUGUGGCUAUGGGGCUACUGGUUAUCACCUAUGAUGCAUGGAGAGAAUGCCAUUGUAAAUAAUGAGUUCCUUGGUAAGAGCUGGAGACAUGUCCUAUCUAACUCAACGGAACCGCUAGGAGUUGAAAUUUUGAAAUCCCGGGGAUUCUCCACUCAGUCAUAUUGGUACUGGAUAGGUGUUGGGGUUUUGAUUGGAUACACAUUACUUUUCAAUUUUGGCUUUGUCCUUGCUCUCACUUACUUGAAUCCAAUCGUGAAGCAUCGAGCUGUUUUAUCAAAGGAACCUCAAAGCAAUGAGCAGAAUGGUAGUACUAAACAAGGAGCUAGUGAGUUGGAGCAUGUAAUUUAUGACUCAAAUAGAGGUAUUUUAUCUGAUAGCAACUUAAAAUAUGAAUUAAUUGGAAGCACCACUCCUCUCUAUUUUCCCACUUUGAAGGAAGCACUUGCUGCAGAGACAAAGUAUCUGAAGAAAAGAGGAAUGGUUCUCCCUUUUGAACCACAUUCCAUCACCUUUGAUGAAGUAACAUAUUCUGUCCAAAUGCCACAGCAAAUGAAGGACCGAAGUGUUCUUGGGGAUAAGUUGGUUCUUUUGAAGGGCGUCAGUGGAGCUUUCAGGCCAGGUGUUCUCACAGCUCUAAUGGGUGUCACUGGUGCUGGCAAAACAACUCUGAUGGAUGUACUUGCUGGUAGAAAAACUGGAGGAUAUAUUGGUGGGAACAUCACAAUCUCUGGAUAUCCAAAGAAGCAAGAAACAUUUGCAAGGAUUUGUGGGUACUGUGAACAAAAUGAUAUUCACUCUCCAAAUGUUACUGUGUAUGAAUCUUUGCUCUAUUCAGCAUGGCUCCGAUUGUCUCCGGACAUCAAUGCUGAAACUAGGAAGAUGUUCAUUGAGGAAGUCAUGGAACUUGUGGAACUGAAUCCAGUAAGGCAUGCAUUAGUUGGAUUGCCUGGUGUUAAUGGUCUCUCAACAGAGCAAUGCAAAAGGUUAACCAUAGCCAUUGAACUUGUGGCAAAUCCUUCUAUAAUAUUCAUGGAUGAGCCAACUUCAGGGCUAGAUGCAAGAGCUGCUGCUAUUGUUAUGAGAACAGUUAGGAACACAGUAGACACUGGAAGAACAGUUGUCUGCACCAUCCAUCAGCCUAGCAUUGAUAUAUUUGAAUCUUUUGAUGAGUUAUUGCUAUUGAAGCAAGGAGGGGAAGAGAUAUAUGUGGGGCCACUUGGACAUCAUUCUUCCGAUUUAAUUAGUUACUUUGAGGGAAUCGAAGGUGUCAGUAAGAUGAAAGAUGGCUAUAACCCAGCAACAUGGAUGUUGGAAGUCACAAAUUCAGCAAAAGAAAUGGAAAUGGGGAUUGAUUUUGCGGAGGUGUACAAAAAUUCAAAAUUAUACAGGAGAAACAAAACACUCAUUAAAGAAGCGAGUACUCCAGCUCCUGGUUCAAAAGAACUUUAUUUUCCAUCACAGUACUCAAGAUCCUUUCUAACCCAAUGCAUGGUUUGCUUAUGGAAACAGCAUUGGUCUUACUGGCGCAAUCCUCUAUACACUGCCGUAAGAUUUAUUUAUUCAACCACCGUAGCUUUUAUGCUUGGGAGCAUGUUUUGGAACCUUGGAUCCAAAAUUGAAAAGCAACAAGAUCUUUUUAAUGCUAUGGGGUCAAUGUAUGCUGCUGUUUUCGUUAUUGGCAUGAAGAAUGCUAUUUCAGUGCAGCCAGUUGUUGCUGUUGAGAGAACAGUCUAUUAUAGGGAAAGAGCAGCUGGAAUGUAUUCAGCUUUGCCAUAUGCUUUUGCUCAGGUUCUAAUUGAGCUACCAUAUGCUCUUGUACAAACUGUGGUAUAUGGCAUUAUAAUUUAUGGAAUGAUUGGUUUUGAGUGGACUGUGGCUAAAUUUUUUUGGUACAUAUUCUUCGUGUAUUUCACGUUCUUGUACUUCACCUUGUAUGGCAUGAUGUCAGUGGCCUUGACCCCAAAUCAACACAUUUCCUUUGUAAUCUCAUCUGCAUUCUAUUCAGUAUGGAAUCUCUUCUCAGGAUUUGUGGUACCAAGACCGAGGAUCCCAAUAUGGUGGAGGUGGUAUAGUUGGGCAAAUCCUGUGGCUUGGAGUUUGUAUGGAUUGGUGGCUUCACAAUAUGGAGACAUAAAGCAUAGCAUUGAAACCACUGACGGAAGUGCAACAGUGCAAGACUUUGUUAGAAUUUACUUUGGUUUCAAGCAUGAUUUUCUGGGAGUGGUUGCAGUUGGGAUUGUUGCAUUCUCAGUGGUUUUUGCAUUGGUCUUUGCCAUAUCAGUGAAAAAGCUUAAUUUCCAAAAACGUUAA